AGUUGGCCAAAUCGUCACCACUUACACCGGUCACAACGCCCACACUGCCUUGUCCAACAGGCUUAAACAGAGGCCAGGCUUCUCUUCCUCACUCUUCUCAACCGCCGACGAAAAGUCGCUACCUUUGCCGCCGCGGCCGUAUCCCGCCCUCCCAUAAACCCUAGCGGUUCUAUCCAUUCGGGAAUAAAAGAAUAAGAUUAUGCAAGUCUCAUCAGUUAUAUUCAAUACUAAGCCAGUAUUGGCUCCUAUCCAAGCCAAGUCGCUUCACAGUGAUCCAUCUUCACCACCAUGCUGCUCGUCGAAUCGAAUUCUUUCUACUCGUCUCGAUUGGGUUCGGACGAGGAGGAGUAUGGCUCUAAGUUCGGGUCGGCAUCCGCAGCUUCGAGCUUAUCUCCUUACCGAAAAGAAUCCAGUGAGAAGAUAUCUAUCUCAAUUUGAGGAACUGCCAUCAAAAGAAAGUUGUCUGAGUAGAUGUUGUCAUGUAUCACGUUUCCCUUAUCUGCAAAGAAAGCAUAGUGUUGCUAACAGAUUGGCAACUAGAGCUUUUCAUGAUACAUCCACCUGUCAUUUGUCAAAAUUGAAGGCUAAUAUUGUAGCUUUAAAACAAUCCCGUGUGCUAUGUGCAUCCGCUGGUCCAGAUGAGCCACAUGCAACAAGCACAACCUGGCUAGAUGGUGUGCUAGAAAAACAGGCUCUGGAACCGUUGGAUCCUGAGUUGGAAAGAGCAGAGUUGUAUCGCUUUUUUAGUUCUGAACUUCCAUCUCAUCCAAAAUUGUAUCGGGGACAACUGGGCAAUGGACUUCGUUACCUUAUUCUACCUAAUAAGGUUCCUCCAAACAGAUUUGAGGCACACAUGGAAGUUCAUGUGGGAUCCAUUGACGAGGAAGAUGAUGAACAAGGAAUUGCACACAUGAUUGAACAUGUUGCAUUUCUUGGGAGCAAGAAAAGAGAGAAACUUCUUGGAACAGGGGCGCGUUCAAAUGCUUACACAGAUUUUCAUCACACGGUGUUCCAUAUUCAUUCCCCCUCAAGUACAAAGGAUUCUGAAGGUGAUUUACUACCAGUUGUCUUGGAUGCUCUGAAUGAGAUAGCUUUCCACCCUAAAUUUCUGUCUUCACGUGUUGAAAAAGAAAGACGAGCAAUAUUGUCAGAACUGCAAAUGAUGAAUACAAUUGAGUACCGAGUUGAUUGUCAGUUGCUACAACACUUGCAUUCUGAGAACAAGCUGAGUGAAAGAUUUCCAAUUGGACUGGAAGAACAGAUUAAGAAAUGGGAUGCUGAUAAAAUCAGAAAAUUCCACGAGCGUUGGUAUUUUCCUGCAAAUGCCACGUUGUACAUUGUUGGAGAUAUAGAUAACAUUUCCAAGACAGUUGACCAUAUCGAAGCUGUUUUUGGGCAGACUGGCGGGCAGAAUGGCAUGGAAAAUGGGACUGGUGCUGCACUAUCACCAAGCGCAUUUGGUGCAAUGGCAAGUUUCCUUGUCCCAAAAUUCUCAGUAGGUUUGGGUGGAAGUACAUCCCAUGAAAGGUCCUCAAUUUCUACUGAGCAAUCAAAAACUAUCAGGAAGGAGAGGCAUGUUGUUCGGCCUCCUGUACAACACAAUUGGUGCCUUCCUGGUAAUAUCGAGGAUGUAAAAGCUCCGCAGAUAUUUCAGCAUGAGUUGCUUCAGAAUUUCUCUAUCAAUAUGUUCUGUAAGAUCCCAGUGAAAAAGGUCAGAACAUAUGCUGAUCUGAGGAAUGUUCUGAUGAAGAGAAUCUUUCUUUCUGCUUUGCAUUUUCGCAUUAACACCAGAUACAAGAGUUCAAACCCUCCAUUCACAUCAGUUGAACUGGACCACAGUGAUUCUGGAAGGGAAGGAUGCACCGUGACCACUCUUACAGUUACAUCUGAGCCCAAAAACUGGCAAGGCGCUAUAAAAGUUGCCGUGCAAGAGGUUCGAAGGCUCAAAGAAUUUGGUGUCACUAAAGGUGAAUUAGCUCGCUAUAUGGAUGCACUACUCAAAGAUAGUGAGCAGUUGGCAGCUAUGAUUGAUAAUGUGUCCUCAGUGGAUAAUCUGGAUUUCGUUAUGGAGAGUGAUGCACUUGGGCAUACUGUAAUGGAUCAAAGGCAAGGGCAUGAGAGUUUAAUUGCUAUUGCUGGAACAGUCACUCUUGAGGAGGUUAAUUCUACUGGUGCAAAGGUAUUGGAAUUCAUAUCUGAUUUUGGAAAACCAUCUGCGCCGCAUCCUGCAGCAAUUGUUGCUUGUGUCCCAAAGAAGGUGCACAUUGAUGGGGCAGGAGAAAUAGAAUUCCAGAUAACAGCAGAUGAGAUAAAAGCUGCUAUAGAAGAUGGUCUGAAGGAAAACAUAGAACAUGAGCCAGAGGUUGAAGUACCAAAGGAAUUGAUCUCCUCAACGCAGCUUGAAGAGCUAAAACUGAAUUCAAAACCAUCCUUUGUAACCAUCGGUACAGAAGAAAAUGGAACAAAACUCUAUGACAAUGAAACUGGUAUCAUUCAACGGCGUCUUUCAAAUGGAAUUCCUGUAAAUUACAAGAUAUCAAAAAAUGAAGCCAAUUGUGGAGUAAUGAGGCUCAUUGUUGGUGGUGGGCGGGCAGCUGAAACUCCAGAUGCAAAGGGAGCUGUUAUUGUGGGUGUGCGGACUCUAAGUGAGGGUGGCCGUGUUGGAAGUUUCUCACGUGAACAGGUAGAACUUUUCUGUGUAAAUCAUCUGAUAAAUUGUUCGCUGGAAUCAACAGAAGAAUUUAUCUGCAUGGAGUUCAGGUUCUCUUUGAGAGAUGAUGGGAUGCGUGCUGCCUUCCAGUUGCUUCAUAUGGUACUUGAGCACAGUGUUUGGUUAGAUGAUGCAUUUGAUAGAGCGCGGCAGUUAUAUUUGUCAUAUUAUCGAUCUAUACCAAAAAGUCUUGAACGUGCAACUGCCCAUAAGCUCAUGCUAGCUAUGCUGAAUGGGGAUGAGCGUUUUGUUGAGCCAAGACCUCAUUCUUUACAAAAUUUGACUUUAGAAAGUGUGAAGGAUGCUGUUAUGAAUCAGUUCGUCUGUGACAAUAUGGAGGUGUCUAUUGUUGGGGACUUCUCAGAGGAGGAUAUUGAGUCAUGUGUUCUUGACUAUCUGGGAACCAUUAGAGCAACAAGAGGUUUUGAGAGAGCACAGAAGUACGACCCGAUCGUAUUUAGACCAUAUCCUGAGUUGCAGCAAGUUUUCUUGAAGGACACAGACGAGAGAGCAUGUGCUUAUAUUGCGGGUCCUGCCCCAAACCGUUGGGGAUUUACUUUUGAAGGGAUUGAUCUUUUAGAAUCUGUCAGUGAUGCUUCUGCUUAUGAUGGUAAGCAACUAAAAUACGAUGGUCAAUCCAACAAUCCAGACAAUGUGGAAAAGGUCCUGCAAGGAAGAUUUCACACUCAUCCAUUGUUUUUUGCCAUCACCAUGGGUUUGUUGGCUGAAGUAAUAAACUCCAGGCUCUUUACAACAGUAAGAGAUUCUCUUGGAUUAACAUACGAUGUUUCAUUUGAGCUAAACCUAUUCGACCGCUUGAGGCUUGGGUGGUAUGUGAUAUCAGUGACAUCAACCCCCUCCAAGGUUCACAAAGCUGUUGAUGCUUGCAAAAAUGUCCUCAGAGGCUUGCAUAGCAACAUCAUUACACCAAGGGAGCUAGAUAGGGCAAGGCGAACAUUGCUAAUGAGGCAUGAAGCUGAGAGUAAAUCAAAUGCUUAUUGGCUUGGAUUGCUUGCUCAUUUGCAAGCUACAUCAGUACCCAGGAAGGACAUAUCAUGCAUUAAAGAGCUGACUGCACUGUAUGAGGCUGCUACGAUUAAAGACAUAUAUGUUGCCUAUGAACAGCUGAAGAUAGAUGAAGGUUCCUUGUUCUCUUGCAUUGGAAUUGCUGGAGGAAAUGCUGGGGAAGACAUUUCAGUUCCUGUAGAAGUGGAAGAAUCAAUUGAUGGUGGUCUUUCGAAUGUUAUUCCUAUGGGUCGUGGUUCGUCUACAAUGACACGACCUACAGUAUAGAAAUCCCUUGAAAGAAAGAUUUUGUACGAGACUGAAGUUUCUGGUGGCUUAUGAGCUGGACGUCUACAAGCGGAGUAUAUUAAUCCGCCUUAGGCAUGGGAUUUAUGCGGGAUUUUAUUUCCAACAGAGGUUGUUGGUUCCCAAUGUUGUAUUAUUAUUAUUAUUAUUAUUAGAGUAUGAAAGAGGAUUAGUGAUGCAUGGGAUUUUACUAGUCAAAAUGCGCAUUUUUUUGGUCCUGAAUAGACAAAAAAUUGCGGGAACAUUUAUCUAAAGUACAACCACAAAUCUCGCUCAUUCUUUCGUAUAUAUACGUUAUAUACGAAGUAUGUAUCUCUGUGUGUUAUUGCCUAUGUAGUGCUGCUUUUUCUAUCAUUAUUGAGUUUAGUGCUGAUGUCCUAAA